AGCAGAAAAACCAGAAAAAUGAAGAAGUAGGUGAUAUUAACUUUCUUGCUCACUCUCUCGCUCUUCUCCUUCCCCUCCUUUCAAUUCGAAUCCGAUAAGCUCCUCCUAGACGACGAGGAGUUCGGUCUCGAGGGUGCUCCACCUCGCUUCCCUGAACCCGCAUCCAUCCCUACGGCUACUAGAUCCUCUCGGAAGAGGCAUUCGGAGUCGGAGUCGGAGUCUGACCCCAGGAUCUAGUUCUCUCUAGAGCACGCUUUCGAUGACUCUGAUUUCGUUCCCGCUGGCACCUUCUCCGCCCGCCUCAAGACUUGGAAUCAAGGUGGCCAGAACUUGCUUCAAGGUGAUGACUUUUACAAGAUAAGGCUCCCAUCCAAUGUUUUAAGUCCCCCUGGGAAGGAUUAUAUUAUCUCAUCAGUGUAAGCAGAAGGUGUAAAUAUCUUGGCAGUCAAUUAUGGUUCUCCAGGGGCAUGUCCAUAUCCUUGGCAGUUGAAACUUGGCUCCAAUCUUUACUGAAGAAGUUCUGGGUGGUGAGAAUGGGAAGGGUGAAGUUGUGCAGCCGCCAGAAAGAUCUUUUUGGGCCAAAUAUUGGAUGUAUUUGAUCCCUCUUGGACUCAUAGUCAUGAAUGCCAUAACCCAAGCAAUGAAUAUGCCUGAGGAACAGGCUACUGGUCAAUUAGCAUCACAAGCACAGCCAGCUGCAGCAAUGCAGCGUGUAUCGAAUGCUGCAGUGCGUAGAAGAUGACAUUUAACUAUUUUCGGGACAAAUACUAGCUAAAAUUUAUAGUUAGAUUGGGGCUCGGAUUGAUCUUCAUAGGUUUCCAAUUGCAUGAAAAUGUUUAAUUUAUCCUAGUGAAUCAAGUUCCUUUUUUUUUUUUUUUUAAGGUAAGAAUCGAGUUCAUUUGACCCCAUUUUAACCUGAAAGUUGAGCUUGACUUCUAAUUUGAAGAUUUUUGUAUCUCUGCUACUUUUUUUAACUUUUUAGUAACAUACUUUUUUUUUUAAAUAAUUAAUUAGGGGCUCU